GGACCAUCAAAACUUUAUGCACUGCCAUGCAGACCUCUCUCCUCUUAAUGGCGCUGUACCUGUCCAUUCCAGGGGGCACCCAGGCCUUCAAACCCCUCAUCUCAGGAGGGGGCUCGGUCACACACCGUGACAUCACACAGAGGGCCGUAUUACGCAAAACCGCCGAGGUCUGCCGCGCCCUGGCUGCCGCCCAGGGGCGGGACUUCAGCCUGCCGAUUGAUGACAGUCUCUCCAUCAUCAAACUACAGAAGGCCUGCUCUGCAGACUCCUCCUCUUCCUCCCUCGUCUCCACCAUCCUCUUCCAGAGCGCCAUUGUCAAGAUGUACCUUAGCAACGCCCUGGUGGACAUGGCGUUUGCUCUGAGCAAAGCGCACCACUUCGACGGUGAGACCUUCCAGGGGGGGCGGGCCCUGAUCACGGCGGGGGUGUCGGAGGUCAAGGCCAGCGUCAAACGAGGGAGCUUCCUAUUGGCUAGGCUGGCGCUGGGACGAGUCUGUCACACACUACAGGAUUUCUACAGCCACAGUAACUGGGUUGAGAUGGGGAACAGACAGCCGUACAGCACUCUGAUCAGACCUGACCUGCAACUGGUGAACCUGGCAGGCCCCAGUACUCCGACCUGUAGGAGCUGUAUGGGAGGUAACUGUACUGAUAACAUCCUACCAGAGGUCUUACAGCUGGGCCUUCUCACCUCUGGAUACUUCAACCUGUUCUCCUCCAACAAACCUGCAGGUAAGUGUAGCCACGGCGGGUCGUUUGACCGGACCAGCGGUCGGGACCCGGAAGGGGGCAUCAACAAAGACGACGUGGGGUCCAGUCACGGUCACCUCCACCACACUGCAGCCGACGUGGCCGUCAACGCUACCAUGGAACUGUUGGAGGACAUCAGAGGAGCUGCCGGGGACAAAGACUUCCUACGGUUAAUGGGCAUCACCCAGUCAUCAGUGUUGUGUUUUGUCAUCGACACCACAGGCAGUAUGAGUGAUGACAUCACUGAGGCUAAGAGAGUGUCCUUCUCCAUCAUCGACAGUAAGAGAGGAACCCAGCAGGAACCUUCAUCAUACAUCCUGGUCCCCUUCAACGACCCAGGAUUUGGACCUCUGAUCACCACAACAAAUGCAGACAUUUUCAAACAGAGAAUCAACGCACUGACAGCAUCAGGAGGAGGAGAUAUACCAGAGCUGUGCCUGUCAGGACUACAGCUGGCCCUCACGGCGGCGCCACCCUCCUCUGAGAUCUUUGUGUUCACUGAUGCUCCUGCUAAAGACACUGCACUGAAGAGCACUGUCACUGCCCUCAUAGAGAGCACCAAGUCUGUGGUGACCUUCAUGUUGACUGACAACCUCCGAUCCAGUCGACGUCGUCGUAGGCGUUCCAUGGGCGGGGCUUCAGCCAUAUGGCCCAGUAAGGGUGGAGCCUCCAACCGGAUGGCCCAAUCAGACGCUCAGCUGUACCAUGACCUUGCCCAGGCCUCUGGAGGUCAGGCCAUUGAGGUCACCAAGGAGGAUCUGCACCGGGCCACCAGCGUCAUCGAGGACGCCUCCGCUGCAGCACAGGUGACUGUUCUACAGGAGGUAAGGAGCCCAGGAAAGGCAGAGAAUUUCUCCUUUACAGUAGACGAGUCUAUGAGAAACCUGAAUGCUUACAUCACAGGAGGAUCCCUCUCCUUCACUCUCACCAGCCCUUCAGGUGUGUCUCAGAGUAACAGUGAGGCCAGCGGUCCUCUGGGGACCAUCCAGACUGUAGGGAACCUACACCGCGUCUCUCUGACCACACACAACAACACAGGAUUAUGGGAAAUCAGUCUUAACUCCCUAGAGUCUUACUCACUGAAGGUCAUAGGUCAGAGUUCUGUUAAUUUCGGCUACCAUUUCGUGGAGGCUUUCGGCGGUGCUCAUGGAGACUUUGGCCUCAAAGAGGGCCGUCCUCUCACAGGCGAUAACAUAACCCUGCUGGUGUCUGUGACGGGGGGUGACUCUGUCACUGUGACGGCGGUGGCCCUGGUCGAGGCCUUGGGGUCAGGGUCAGAAGUCAACGGAACCCUGCAAUCUCUAGGCAGCGGGGACUUCCUGGUUACCGUGGCCAGAGUCCCACAGGGGAGGUUGUGGUGCGUCUGAGGGGAGAGAGCAAUAGCGCCACCACCAAAUCAUCACCUAGCCUCUUCCAGAGACAGGCCUCCACUCAGAUAAAGACUUCCAGCAUCUCUGUUACGGUCCAGGCUGACAGUACUCUAGAACCCGGUUCUACCAUCUCUGUCCCCUUCACUGUGGCAAUGGCCAACGGAACAGGAGGAGCUUUUACCGUCCGAGCCACGAACGACCGCGGCUUCACUUCCUCCUUCCCCACCAGUGUCUCCAUUGUGACCGGAGAGGAGCGGCCAACGGUACGGUGACUCUCACGGCGCCCGCCAGCACCCCAUCGGGAACGGACGUCACCCUGACCAUCGAGGCAGAGUCCGCUGGAGCAGCAGACUUGAACUACGCCAUCCUGCGUCUCUCUGUUGUCAGCAAGGUAAGGGUCAUGUUCCA